GUGUGUAUCCUCGUCGCGGAAUUGCGAGCCUCGAUUUGUCGAUGUCUGUGCAGCAGUUUGUGAUCCUCACCCUCCUUGUGCUACUGUUUCCACUGUUGUAUUGCCGUCACGUAGCAGUCUCAGCAGCUUCAACGUGGAAUCCCAAAGCUGGUGCGAGACGGAUUCAAUCCCACGUCGUUGACUCGUCAAUUGUGCGAUUAGAAUUGCAAAAUCUUUUAGAUUGAAGGUUUGUGCCAAGCAGGCGGGUUUUGAUAAAUCGAGGUUGCUGGGAGAAGCAUGGAAGGGACUCAGCAGCAUAGAAGGUUGGCCACCAUAGCUCGCCAUCUUACGGAUUCCUCCUCAUUGCAUGCUCUGGCUUAUGAACAUAAUAUUAAACCUGGAGAUAAAACACCUGUGGUAAUUGGAGGGAUGGUGCUUGACAUUCAAUCAUCACCUAAAGGAAAGCAGUUGCUGCGCGGAAGCACCUCACCAGGCGAAGUGAGAUAUGAAAAUGGAGGAGUUGCGAGGAAUAUUGCCGAAAACAUGGCUCUUCUCGGGUCACUUCCGUUUCUUAUAAGCGUAGUUGGCGACGACGUUGCAGGGGAAUCUAUGCUGAAACACUGGAAGUCGUUGGGGCUUUCUACAGCAGGGAUCCGCACGUGUAAAGGUGCCAGAACUCCAGUAGUAUCUGCUGUCUUUGACAACCAAGGCGAGUUAGCUGCAGCUGUUGCGGACACCAAUCUGAUUGAAGAGAAGUUAACAGUUGAGUGGAUCAUGAAGUUUAAGGAUGACAUUCAACGAGCAACAAUUAUCAUUCUUGAUGCUAAUUUGCCACCCCCUGCAUUGGAAGCUACUUGCAAAUUGGCCAAGGAAACGAAUGUACCAAUUUGGUUUGAGCCUGUCUCGGUAGCAAAGAGUGUUAGAGCAAGCAGAUUCCUUAAUCUGAUAACUUAUACGUCGCCGAAUGAGGCGGAGCUAAUUGCCAUGGCUGAAUCUGUGUGCCAAGUCAAUAAUAUUGAAAAGAAAUUAUUUGAUGAUGAAGUUCCUGCGGACAAAAAUUUGCCAGAGCCGGCUGCUUCACUUUGGCGGACGCGGCACUACAUUCAAUCGUUACUGGACACCGGCUUAGGAUAUAUCAUUUUGACUUUGGGAGAAUAUGGAGCAGUGUUAUGCUCGUUGCGAUCCACCAGCUCUGAAAACCUUGGAACUGUGAAGGAAACCCCUCUGUCUGGUAUUUCUAAAAAUGAAUCAGGAAUUAAUUUCCUUCACUUUCCUGCGCUGCGUGCUUCUAUUUCCAACUUGAGCGGAGCCGGUGACUGUUUAGCAGCAGGAACAGUUUCGGCUCUGUCUUCGGGUGCGGACAUUUCAAGUGCUUUGGCUAAUGGUGUUUCUGCAUCCAAGUGGGCAGUUGAAUCGGCCUCCAAUGUACCGCCAAAUUUGGACCCUGCUUCAGUAGCAGAUUGCGCAAAGAUGGUAAAGUCAAGGGCUCAAAAACUUGUGGUGUAAUGUUUCUGCUUCAUCAAAUGUAAGAGAAUUAUGGCGAUUGAGAUAUGUUUAGUUACAAACGGCUGUGUAAUGUCUUUCUUCUCUGAACAGAAGAUCUUUACUAUUUUCGUCUUCACAACAAUUAUUGUGCCUCUGUAGGAGAUUGAGGAACUUUGUUAGCCUGUACUCCGUGUAUGCUCUUAUUUGUACUAUAAAAUCAGUCUACUGUAUGAGUGCAACUAAUGAAUUGCAGAAUUUGAGGGUGCGAUGCAUCUUUUUGCAAUGUUCUUAUGA